UUGUAUAAGCUGAUUCACAUCAAAACCCGUGAGAACGUUACUGUUCCAAGUUAGGAUACAGUGAUAUUAGGACAAAUGUUAUCACCACAAAGACCAUAUAUAUAGGCUGAUGCUGAUGCUGAUGCUAUAUAGUACUUACCCUCACAUUAACAAAUACUGAAAUCUUGCACAUUUGUUGAUGAGAUAUUUACCUUGACCUCUUUUGAUUUCAAGGUUAGCUUUCUUAUGGAGAAUAUCUCAUUCAUCAGAGGGUUUCCUGAUCAGGAAAUGAUGGAGGAUCCUUUACUUCUUCAUCAUCAGUGGCAUUUGAGCUCUAUCAAUGAGUCUAACUCACUGCCAAUAGGUUCUGCUUUUGGUGACACUUCACAACACCAUUCAUACGUUUAUCCAAACUUCAACCCUAGAACUUCAAUGGAAACUGCUCAGACACUAGAGACUCAAUUUGUUUCGUACCCGAAUCUUCUUUCGUUUGUCGAUUUGAAUCAGUUAAAUCAGUUGGGACUAGUGAAGCCUAAGGAUGAGAUGAUUGGUUCUCAAAACAACAAUGCAACUUCUUCUGACAUGAUUUCUCAAGGAACCUUUGAGACCAAAAAGGUAGCAACACGUCCUAAACUCUCUCUUCCUCAAGACCAUAUAAUAGCUGAAAGAAAGCGGCGUGAGAAGCUCAGCCAGCGCUUCAUUGCUCUAUCUGCCCUUGUUCCUGGACUACAAAAGAUGGACAAAGUUACUGUUCUUGGAGAUGCUAUCAAGUACUUGAAGAAAUUGCAAGAGAAGGUGAAGGUUCUUGAGGAGGAACAGAACAUGAAGAAAAACGUGGAAUUUGUGGUGGUUGUGAAGAAAUAUCAACUAUCCAAUGAUGUUGAAAACUCUUCGGCAGAAUCUGGUGAUCCCUUUGACGAAGAACUACCAGAAAUUGAAGCAAGAUUUUGUGAUAGAAAUGUCCUCAUAAGAGUUCAUUGUGAGAAAAUCAAAGGAGUUGUGGAAAAAACAAUCCACAAAAUUGAGAAACUCAAUCUAAAAGUCACCAAUAGCAGUUUCAUGACAUUUGGAAGUUGUGCACUUGAUAUAACAAUUAUUGCACAGAUGGAUGUGGAAUUUUGCAUGACAGUGAAGGAUCUUGUGAGAAACCUACGCUCAGUUUUUACGUCUUUCAUCUAAGGACGUUCCUUUAGUUCAUACUAAACAGAUCCCAAAAGCGUAAGAAGAAUAUAUAGAAGAUACUGUCGACUAUAUAUACAGGUGUUUAAAGUUUCAGUUCUUUCAGUGAUAUUUAUUUUUUCAAGGCCUGCAAUGCCAAAUAUCCCGUCUACUCCAAGCAUGCUCUAUGGUUCAUUUGCAGAAAGGGUUUUUUUUCUGGUUAACUUGUUGACCAUGUUAGGGCUACUCUCUCUCCCCCUAAAAAUCUUAUACAAGGGGCAUUGGAUUUUUGGGUGCCUUUGACAAACAGGCCUUUGUAUUGUUAGUCUCUUUCUGUUUAAACAUAAUAUGUUGAUUAAUAAAAGUUGUAUGGAGUUUGAACACUUUGCCAAAGGCUGUAAGUUCAAAACUCCUGCAAAGUAUGUACCAAAAUAUAUACAGUUAAAAUGUUUGGUUGGCUUUACUUA